CCAAGUUACUUCUCUUUUUGUCCAAGUUUCUUCUUUUUUGUCUAACUCACUUCCUUUUUUCUUUGUGAGUUUCGGGAAUACCCCCAUUCAUAGGUCCGAGAUCCACGUCUAUGAAUUGAAAGGUCCGAAUGAUCAACUCUGCAAUCAGUUGUUAGAAUCAAUAGGUCUUCAAAUCGUUCAUUUGAAAAAAUGGAAACCAUUAUUAUUGGAUGAUCAUGAUACUUCCCAAAAAUCGAAAUUAUGGAUCAAUGGAGGAAAAAUAUCACCAUUUUUGUUCAAUAAGAUACCAAAGUGGAUGAUUGACUCAUUCCAUACUAGAAAUAAUCGCAGGAAAUCUUUUGAUAACACGGAUUCCUAUUUCUCAAUGAUAUCCCACGAUCAAGACAAUUGGCUGAAUCCCGUGAAACCAUUUCAUAGAAGUUCAUUGAUAUCUUCUUUUUAUAAAGCAAAUCGACUUCGAUUCUUGAAUAAUCCACAUCACUUCUGCUUCUAUUGUAACAAAAGAUUCCCCUUUUAUGUGGAAAGGGCCCGUAUCAAUAAUUAUGAUUUUACAUAUGGACAAUUCCUCAAUAUCUUGUUCAUUCGCAACAAAAUAUUUUCUUUGUGCGGCGGUAAAAAAAAAUACGCUUUUUUGGAGAGAGAUACUAUUUCACCAAUCGAGUCACAGGUAUCUAACAUAUUCAUACCUAACGAUUUUCCACAAAGUGGUGACGAAAGGUCUAACUUGUACAAAUCUUUCCAUUUUGCAAUUCGAUCCGAUCCAUUAGUUCGUAGAGCUAUUUACUCGAUCGCAGACAUUUCUGGAACACCUCUAACAGAGGGACAAAUAGUCAAUUUUGAAAGAACUUAUUGUCAACCUCUUUCAGAUAUGAAUCUAUCUGAUUCAGAAGGGAAGAACUUGUAUCAGUAUCUCAAUUUCAAUUCAAACAUGGGUUUGAUUCACACUCCAUGUUCUGAGAAAUAUUUACCAUCCGAAAAGAGGAAAAAACGGAGUCUUUGUCUAAAGAAAUGCGUUGAGAAAGGACAGAUGUAUAGAACCUUUCAACGAGAUAGUGCUUUUUCAACUCUCUCCAAAUGGAAUCUAUUCCAAACAUAUAUGCCAUGGUUCCUUACCUCGACAGGGUACAAAUAUCUAAAUUGGAUAUUUUUAGAUACUUUUUCAGACCUAUUGCCGAUACUAAGUAGCAGUCCAAAAUUUGUAUCCAUUUUUCAUGAUAUUAUGCAUGGAUCAGAUAUAUCAUGGCAAAUUCUUCAGAAAAAAUUCUGUCUUCCACAAUGGAAUCUGAUAAGUGAGAUUUCGAGUAAGUGUUUACAUAAUCUUCUUCUGUCCGAAGAAAUGAUUCAUCGAAAUAAUGAGUCACCAUUGAUAUCGACCCAUCUGAGAUCUCCAAAUGUUCGGGAGUUCCUCUAUUCAAUCCUUUUCCUUCUUCUUGUUGCUACAUAUAUCGUUCGUACCCAUCUUCUCUUUGUUUCCCGAGCCUAUAGUGAGUUACAGACAGAGUUCGAAAAGGUCAAAUCUUGGAUGAUUCCAUCAUACAUGAUGGAGUUGCGAAAACUUCUGGAUAGGUACCCUACAUCUGAACUGAAUUCUUUCUGGUUAAAGAAUCUCUUUCUAGUUGCUCUGGAAAAAUUAAGAGAUUCUCUAGAAGAAAUACGGGGUUCUGCUUCUGGCGGCAACAUGCUAUGGGGUGGUGGUCCCGCUUAUGGGGUCAAAUCAAUACGUUCUAAGAAGAAAUAUUUGAAUAUCAAUCUCAUCGAUCUCAUAAGUAUCAUACCAAAUCCCAUCCAUCGAAUCACUUUUUCGAAAAAGACGAGACAUCUAAGUCAUACAAGCAAAGAGAUCUAUUCAUUGAUAAGAAAAAGAAAAAAUGUGAACGGUGAUUGGAUUGAUGAUAAAAUCGAAUCCUGGGUCGCGAACAGUGAUUCGAUUGAUGAUAAAGAAAGAGAAUUCUUGGUUCAGUUUUCCACCUUAACGACAGAAAAAAGGAUUGAUCAAAUUCUAUUGAGUUUGACUCAUAGUGAUCAUUUAUCAAAGAAUGACUCUGGUUAUCAAAUGAUUGAACAACCGGGAGCAAUUUACUUACGAUACUUAGUUGACAUUCAUAAAAAGUAUCUAAUGAAUUAUGAGUUCAAUACAUUCUGUUUAGCAGAAAGACGGAUAUUCCUUGCUCAUUAUCAGACAAUCACUUAUUCACAAACCUCGUGUGGGGCUAAUAGUUUUCAUUUCACAUCUCAUGGAAAACCCUUUUCGCUCCGCUUAGCCCUAUCCCCCUCUAGGGGUAUUUUAGUGAUAGGUUCUAUAGGAACUGGACGAUCCUAUUUGGUCAAAUACCUAGCGACAAACUCCUAUGUUCCUUUCAUUACAGUAUUUCUGAACAAGUUCCUGGAUAACAAGCCUAAAGGUUUUCUUAUUGAUGAUAUCGAUAUUGAGGAUAGUGACGAUAUUGAGGAUAGUGACGAUAUUGAGGAUAGUGACGAUAUUGAUCGUGACCUUGAUACGGAGCUGGAGCUUCUAACUAGGAUGAAUGCGCUAACUAUGGAUAUGAUGCCGGAAAUAGACCGAUUUUAUAUUACCCUUCAAUUCGAAUUAGCAAAAGCAAUGUCUCCUUGCAUAAUAUGGAUUCCAAACAUUCAUGAUCUGGAUGUGAAUGAGUCGAAUUACUUAUCCCUCGGUCUAUUAGUGAACUAUCUCUCCAGGGAUUGUGAAAGAUGUUCCACUCCAAAUAUUCUUGUUAUUGCUUCGACUCAUAUUCCCCAAAAAGUGGAUCCCGCUCUAAUAGCUCCGAAUAAAUUAAAUACAUGCAUUAAGAUACGAAGGCUUCUUAUUCCACAACAACGAAAGCACUUUUUCACCCUUUCAUAUACUAGGGGAUUUCACUUGGAAAAGAAAAUGUUCCAUACUAAUGGAUUCGGGUCCAUAACCAUGGGUUCCAAUGUACGAGAUCUUGUAGCACUUACCAAUGAGGCCCUAUCGAUUAGUAUUACACAGAAGAAAUCAAUUCUAGACACUAAUACAAUUAGAUCUGCUCUUCAUAGACAAACUUGGGAUUUGCGAUCCCAGGUAAGAUCGGUUCAGGAUCAUGGGAUCCUUUUCUAUCAGAUAGGAAGGGCUGUUGCACAAAAUGUACUUCUAAGUAAUUGCCCCAUAGAUCCUAUAUCUAUCUAUAUGAAGAAGAAAUCAUGUAACGAAGGGGAUUCUUAUUUGUACAAAUGGUACUUCGAACUUGGAACGAGCAUGAAGAAAUUAACGAUACUUCUUUAUCUUUUGAGUUGUUCUGCCGGAUCGAUCGCUCAAGACCUUUGGUCUCUACCCGGACCCGAUGAAAAAAAUGAGAUCACUUCUUAUGGACUCGUUGAGAAUGAUUCUGAUCUAGUUCAUGGCCUAUUAGAAGUAGAAGGCGCUCUGGUGGGAUCCUCGCGGACAGAAAAAGAUUACAGUCAGUUUGAUAAUGAUCGAGUGACAUUGCUUCUUCGGCCCAAACCAAGGAAUCCCUUAGAUAUGAUGCAAAAUGGAUCUUGUUCUAUCGUUGAUCAGAGAUUUCUCUAUGAAAAAUACGAAUCGGAGUUUGAAGAAGGGGAAGGAGAAGGAGUCCUCGACCCGCAACAGAUAGAGGAGGACUUAUUCAAUCACAUAGUUUGGGCUCCUAGAAUAUGGCGCCCUUGGGGCUUUCUAUUUGAUUGUAUCGAAAGGCCCAAUUCAUUGGGAUUUCCCUAUUGGGCCAGGUCAUUUCGGGGCAAGCGGAUUAUUUAUGAUGAAAAGGAGGAGCUUCAAGAGAAUGAUUCGGAGUUCUUGCAGAGUGGAACCAUGCAGUACCAGACACGAGAUAGAUCUUCCAAAGAACAAGGCUUUUUUCGAAUAAGCCAAUUUAUUUGGGACCCUGCAGAUCCACUCUUUUUCCUAUUCAAAGAUCAGCCCUUUGUCUCUGUGUUUUCACAUCGAGAAUUCUUUGUAGAUGAAGAGAUGUCAAAGGGGCUUCUUACUUCCCAAACAGAUCCCCCUACAUCUAUAUAUAAACGCUGGUUUAUCAAGAAUACGCAAGAAAAGCACUUCGAAUUGUUGAUUCAUCGCCAGAGAUGGCUUAGAACCAAUAGUUCAUUAUCUAAUGGAUUUUUCCGUUCUAAUACUCCAUCCGAGAGUUAUCAGUAUUUAUCAAAUCUGUUCCUAUCUAACGGAAGGCUAUUGGAUCAAAUGACAAAGACAUUGUUGAGAAAAAGAUGGCUUUUCCCGGAUGAAAUGAAAAUCGGAUUCAUGUAACAGUAGAAAGGUUUCCCAUUACUUAGCCGGAAAAAUAUGUGGCCAUGAAAUAGGGAUUAAGUGGAACAGAAUUGACUGAGUGGUAGAGUCGUGGAAACACCUCUUUCUUCCCUAUUUUGGACCUUAGCUCCACGGAACAAUAUGCUACUGCUGAAACACGGAAGAAUUGAAAUCUUAGAUCAAAACACUAUGUAUGGAUGGUAUGAACUGCCUAAACAAGAAUUUUUGAACAGCGAAUAACCAGAGCUAUUACUCACUACAUCCAAAAAUUUCCAUUAAUGAAAGAUGUAAAUCCAUUGGAAAAUCAAAACUACGCAUGUCGGAUGAAAUGGUUGUUGCUAUCUGCUCCAAUAACGAAUCAUUGGUUUAACUGAAUAACUAAAUAAAAUAGAUAGACUUUUCUCUUCGUAUCAGGUCGAUGGAUCGUCUCGAUUGGAAGAUCCCCUAUAUGGAUAAUACACAUUCCAGUUGACCGAGCCUAAUUCUAAUUGUUUUGUUCCGAAGCAAAGAUAUCCACGGAACGGUUCGUACUAUUCAGAUAUUCACGACCAAGAAGUACUGUAUUCUCUUUCGGAUAGGCCCUGAAAGAAGAAGGAAGGCUGGAAUGCCAACAGGCGUCUAGUAUUGAAUUCACCCGAUGCGAUAGUACCCAUUUUGGGAACGUCCAGUGCCAAAGUCACUGAAUGGGUAAGUCGCCAAUCCCUAAAACGGACUAUGGAAUGUACUUUAUCUGCUGGGUUACGUUACGGGCGGGCAUUUUACCAGAGGUUUAUAUUGUAUCAAUCUACCCUUGUGUGAUUCCUGUUGAAGCAUAUACUGGGAGGGUGGGUGCAGGGCGGACGAUUUCAAAGCGGACUCUCCAUUCAUUAGAUAGAGAAGAUCGCCAAGAUUUCGUGAUCCGCUGCCGAACUUAUUCCAAUUCAAUGAGUAUUCUCAAUAUUAUGCCUUGAAGAGGACUCGAACCUCCACGCUCUUUAGCACGAGAUUUUGAGUCUCGCGUGUCUACCAUUUCACCACCAAGGCAUCUUGAAAGUGAAUCGUAUUCCAUGAAUAUGAUAUCUAUCUAGUGUGAUGUAUGGAAUAUAUGACAAAGGUGUAGUGUUGGAGUAUUUCUAUUGAUCGGUCAUGUCAUAUAGGCCCAAGUCGUACAUCCAAUUGCUUCGAUUUGAAUUAUCCGGAGGAUGCCUUAUAUAUUAAUAUUAUAUCAAAUCAAAAAGAUGGACAAUCAAACCCAUUUCUCGAUUCAAUAGAAGCUAAAAGAGUUGAAUAGGGUCCCAAAUAAGGAGAGAUAUUUAAAAAGCGGGUCCGAUUACGCCUAUUCCUAAUCCUAAAUGGAAUGAAACGACGUAGGGAUCCAUAUGUAAACAUAGUAUCUAUUUCGAUACGCUCGAAUGACCCCUUCUCAUAAUGAGAAUGUAUAUAACCCUAUUCCGGGCCGGUCCGGUAUGGAAUGAACUUAUAAUCAUGGAAUCGACUCGAUCAUCAGAUUCUAGAUUAUAAGUUCAUAACCCUAGCCCAUUCCCAUUUUGGGCGGAACAGAUCUACUAAUUCUUUGAUUCCAGUUAGUAAGAGGGAUCUUGAGCUAAGAAA